GACAUAGUGAAAUCUGACCAGUAUGUCCCAAGAAAAUCUCGCGAGGGCGUCACGGAUUAUUACGGACAAUCACGGAAUAUGCAGGUAUCCGGAAACAGACACAUCGUAUACUCCAUAUGGCACACCCCUUCCCUACCGCCAAAAUUACAGUAUGUACUCAGAUUUAUGCAGCAAUAUCUACAUUUUUCUAGCAAUUUUUCCUUUCAGAACAAUUUGCAUGCCAAACGUCAAUGGAGAACAUUUCCAAACCCAUCACGCUAGAAUGCGGUCUCACGCUUCCCAAUCGACUUGUGAAGGCAGCCAUGGCCGAGAAUCUCGCAGGCCAGAAUAGUCUGCCGAAUAGUAAGCACUUACUAGCAGCAUACAACAAAUGGUCACAAGGAGGAUGGGGAUUGGUGCUAACAGGCAACGUGAUGGUAGACUCAGCAUACCGCGGAAUAUCUUGCGAUGUUGUGAUAGACAGCUCCAUACCGAAGGAAAAAGUCAUUUCAGCUUGGAAAGGGUGGGCAGAAGCCUGUUCAAUGAAUGGCACCAAAGCGAUUGUCCAGCUGAACCAUUCCGGCCGGCAAACCCCAUGGCGUACAGGUAUUGCUCCCAGCGCUAUUCCACUCGACUUUGGCCGCGGUAUUCUACCCUACAUAGUCAACACCCUAGUAUUUGGCACGCCUCGAGAGAUGAGUAUCGAAGAUAUUCAAAAUGUGGUACAAAUGUUCCGGGAGGCGGCAUGUCUUGCUGCCGAGGCAGGCUUCGCCGGUAUCGAGAUACACGCUGCCCAUGGUUAUUUGCUAGCUUCCUUUUUAUCACCUAUUUCCAAUCAUCGUACCGACGCCUACGGAGGGUCGGAGUCAGGAAGGGCGAGAAUCGUCGUUGAAGUCAUCCGUGCCAUUCGAGUCGCAGUCCCUCCUUCGUUCUGUGUAGGCAUCAAGCUGAACUCCGGCGAUCACCAGUCUGAUUCUAGCAUGAGUCAAUGCAUUAGCCAAAUCAGCUCGAUCAUAGAGGCUGGUGUUGACUUCUUGGAAAUAAGCGGGGGCACAUUUGAGAACCCUAGCUUCUCUACAGGUAGUACUGCGAGCGACGCGGCUCAGCAUCCGCAAAAGAAUGGACGCGAAGGCUUCUUUCUUGACUUCGCGAGCGCUAUCAGGGCCAAAUUUCCUCGGGUUCCACUUAUCGUCACAGGUGGUUUCCGAACUCGUCGAGCAAUGGAAGCAGCCGUCAGAGAUAGCAGCUGUGAUAUGAUCGGGCUAGCUAGACCAGCUGUGAUGAAUCCGUCACUACCCAAGGAUAUAAUAUUGAAUUCACAGGUCCAGGUGCAACAUGCCGUGGCAUGCGUGAAGGCAAUCGAAGAAUCCCGCUUUUCUAAGUGGGCUGGUAUCAAGGCCAUUGGCGUGGGUGCCGAAACUGGCUGGUACACGAAAAGAAUAUAUGAGCUUGGCGACCAAUUACCUUGAAAUUAGAAUACAGCUUUGACUCAUUUGGAGGUCGAGACUCGAGCGUUGACAGUGGGGUUUCAGAAGGCAGACGCUGGAAUACUCAGUGGGUGUAGGAGUGGCCGUGUUUAGAGAGGGCCGACCGCGGUUUACUUUGCAACGUCUGUUAUAUGACUUAGACGAACUGUCGGCAGAUUUUGGACCGAAAUCGUUAAGAUUUCAAGGCAUCAGAACGCUUUUGGAACUCAAGUUGCUUAACAUCGUAACAUUUUCGCAAAGUCAUGUGGUUGAAGACGAGAACGAGUCAAACUAGAGUAAUGAUGACGACGCCUGCAUAUUAAUAUACAUAUAUACAGAUAUUUCUAUAUGAUG